AUUCAACCUGUUAACAAAAAAAAAAAUUAAGCAGGGGGAAAAUAUCAACGGGAAGGAAAGAUAUAUAUACAUAUAUAUACACACGUAUAUAUAUAUACGAUUUAGAAGUAUUCCCCAGGUGGCCACAAAGCAUGGGCUGUGUUCCAAGCACCAACCUCUCUGACAGCAGAGUGAUCUGUCACAGUAGCAAUGAGUCUGAGGAGUACAAUUUCCCUCACCAGACCAACACAACCAUGUCUCAACAGCAGCAAGGCAACCCCGUCCCAGGAUUAUUCAUUAAAUGCUACAACACAUCCACUUAUGAGGCGAGGACUAAUUCCUCUAAGAAAGACAAGAGGGAGAACAGCCAGAGCAUGGAGGCAGAGGCCCAGACCGGCAGAUCCAAUGUUAAGGCACCAGUAACAGAUGUGCAGUUUGGCCCUAUGAGACUUCAUCAAGAUCAACUUCAGGUACUUUUGGUGUUUGCCGAGGAGGACGAGCAGAGCGGCGCCUUCCGCUGGGCGUGUGACAAGGCUGGGUUUCGCUGCAAUCUCGCCAGGACACCCCAGGCUGCUCUAGAGUGUUUCCUAGAGAAACACCAUGACAUUAUCAUCAUUGACCACAGACAUUCCAGACACUUUGAUGCAGAAGCAUUAUGCAGGUCUAUCAGAACAACGAAAGCCUCAGAAAACACAGUCAUUAUUUGUGUAGUACAAAGGCACACUGACCGUGAGGAGUCGUCCAUACUGCCCCUGAUCUCUGCUGGCUUCACCAGGAGAUAUGUAGAAAAUUCUAGUAGAAUGGCCUGUUACAAUGAGUUGAUUCAGCUGGAAUUUGGACAGGUGCAGGCACAAUUCAAGCUAAGGGCAUGUAAUUCAUUAUUUACAGCAUUAGAGAAAAGUCAAGAAGCCAUUGAGAUCACAAGUGAAGACCAUGUAAUACAGUACGUCAACCCUGCUUUUGAAACAAUGAUGGGCUAUCAAAUAGGUGAACUAAUAGAAAAGGAAUUAACAGAAGUGCCUAUAAAUGAAAAAAAAGCUGAUUUCCUGGAUACUAUUAAUUCCUGCAUAAAGAUAGGAAAGGAAUGGCAAGGAAUGUACUAUGCGAAAAAGAAAAAUGGAGAUAGCAUACAACAAAAUGUGAAGAUACUACCUGUCAUUGGACAGGGAGGAAAGAUUAGACACUAUGUGUCAAUUAGUAGACUGUGCAAUGACAACAAUAAGGUGGAGAAGACAUGUGAAUGUAUUCAGGCUGAAUCUCAGACAGAUACUCAGACUUGCAGACACAAAGACAUGAGGAAAGGAUCCCUGGAUGUCAGAUCCACAACAUCCCGUGGGAGUGAUGGCAGCUCCCAGCGGCGCCGCUCCUCCAUGGCCAGGGUCCAUUCCAUGACAAUUGAGGCUCCCAUCACCAAGGUAAUAAACAUCAUCAAUGCUGCACAAGAGAGCAGUCCCAUGCCAGUUGCAGAGGCUUUAGACCGGGCUUUGGAGAUUUUAAGAACCACUGAAUUGUAUUCUCCACAACUGGGGACAAAAGAUGAGGAUCCACAUACAAGUGACCUUGUUGGAGGGUUAAUGACAGAUGGUUUACGAAGAUUAUCAGGGAACGAAUACAUAUUGUCAGCAAAACAAACUCAUCAGGUUGCUGGCAGUCUGAGCUCUCCAAUCUCCCUCAAUGACAUACCCCCGCGGAUAACACAGGCAAUGGAAAAUGAGGAACAGUGGGAUUUUGAUAUCUUUGAACUUGAGGCUGCCACCCAUAAAAGGCCUUUGGUUUAUCUGGGUCUCAAAAUAUUUGCUCGCUUUGGAAUCUGUGAAUUCCUAAACUGUUCAGAAUCCACUCUGAGGUCAUGGUUACAAGUUAUUGAGGCCAACUACCAUUCCUCCAACUCCUACCAUAAUUCUACUCAUUCAGCAGAUGUACUACAUGCUACUGCUUACUUCUUGUCUAAAGAGAGAGUAAAGCAAACUCUGGAUCCAAUUGAUGAGGUUGCUGCGCUCAUUGCUGCCACAGUGCACGAUGUGGAUCACCCAGGAAGAACAAAUUCUUUCCUGUGCAAUGCUGGCAGCGAGCUCGCGAUUCUCUACAACGACACGGCCGUGCUGGAGAGCCACCAUGCUGCCCUGGCUUUCCAGCUCACCACCCGGGAUGGCAAAUGCAAUAUCUUUAAAAACAUGGAGAGGAAUGAGUAUCGAACCCUUCGCCAAGUCAUUAUUGACAUGGUCUUAGCAACAGAAAUGACAAAGCACUUUGAGCAUGUCAACAAGUUUGUCAACAGCAUUAAUAAACCCUUGGCAGCACUAGAAGAAAAUGGGAAUAAUGGUGAUGGAGAGUCAAUCAAAACUGUUCUCAGGUCUCCUGAAAACCGUAUCCUUAUCAAACGCAUGUUGAUAAAGUGUGCUGACAUUUCCAACCCGUGCAGACCCAGAGAACAGUGCAUAGAAUGGGCUGGACGCAUCUCUGAGGAGUACUUUGCACAGACUGAUGAAGAAAGGAGGCAAGGUUUACCUGUUGUGAUGCCAGUUUUUGACAGAAAUACUUGCAGCAUCCCCAAAUCCCAAUUAUCAUUCAUUGAUUACUUCAUUAUUGAUAUGUUUGAUGCCUGGGAUGCAUUUGCCGACCUGCCAAAUCUGAUGGAGCAUCUGAAUAAUAACAUUAAAUACUGGAAAGGACUGGAUGGGAGGAACCUGCGAGUCCUUCGACCACCACCAGAAUAGCAGCUAGACCAUGGUGUGUCAUUCACUAGCCAGAAGCAUAUUUAUUCAAGCUCAUUUUAUCUGUGUGAAUUCAGAUUUGUUUUGGUCUCUUCAGUAUUACAGUAAAGCUAGCCCAUGCACUUGGGGAACUUUCACAUGCAAGAGAACACGAGGUCAGCAGUUGACUCCCACAAAGUCCCAUGAGUGGACUCGGAUGAAAUAAGCCCACCAAGUGGAAUUACACUGGAUUGCUGCAGUACUUGUACUGAAGAGGGUUUAUUACAAACAUACUUCUGUGAUAUCUUCAUACCAGCACGUGAAGCUGGAAGACCUUGAAGAGAAUCCUCAUAAAAAGGACAUUCACUAGAAGUUUAUCUAUUAACAGAGACUCACAGCUUUUAUGAGAAAGCUACAUGCUUUUUAUAAGCACUUCAGACAGUUAUGUAGAACAAUCAGACAUUUAAAAUGCAACUGUCCAUGAAAGAAUUUUUUGAUCUAUGAAAAAUAGAUGUACUGUAUUUUUUCACAUCACAGAAGGUGCAAUCAUUCACUUCUGAGCACUACUGAAAGUGAGUUCUCCUAAGAAAUUUAGUAGCAAAUGUAAAAAAUAACACAAGAAUUUUUGAGGUUGAUCGUUAGCAUCUAUGAUUAAAAUGUUAUGUUUUAUUUAUUUUGUUAGAUGUUCAAUAUUUUCUAUGAAUUUAUAAAUACUUAAAAGCCAAAGCCAACUUUAGAUGCAUUAUAAAUUUACAUGAUUCAUACUCAUUAAUAUACAUUUAAUUGAUGUACAGACCUUUUAUUUUCAUAAUGCAAAUACAAAAUACUAUACAAUGAUACAUUUUUAUUGCACUGUAAGGAUAGAUGUGUAUGUUUAAAUAUUGUCUGAUUUAUGUUAAUUAAAAUAAGUUUUAUUAAAAAGGUCUCACUUGAGAAUAGUAGAAUAAACAAGAACUGUAUACUGUCUGAGCACCAGAACUGCAGUAGUUCUCCCACAAACCAGUGAGGACCACCUGAUCUUCUCUUGCCUACAAAAAUAAUAAUGUGUUGGAACUCUUUGUUUUCUCCCAUGACAUUUUAUUACUGAACUCCCUGUUAAAGUCUGCCUUAUUUUAUAUAGUAUUUCUACAAAGCAUUCCACAGCGAAUAUGAAGAGGUGAUACUAAGCAUCUAAUGAAUUUCAACAUUUUAUAGCCAAUGUAUUUCCUCUGCAGUAAAAGAAAAAGACCAUAAAACCACCAACACAAACCUUCAACUCAAGAAGUUUGUAAAGGCUGUGUACCUUCACAAUUUGAAUGAAACCUUCAUAGCAACUACCAGAAAAUAAUAAAAUGUAUAUUUUAAGAAGUGUCAAGUCCUACCCAUUUCAUUUGACAUGUGUAUGCACUUUGUAGUUUGCAGACUAAAAAACACAUGAAAUUCCUUUAAAAUUAACUAAGAUACUUUUUGUCUGGGGAAGGGAGAAGUUGAGGGGGUUGAAUGGCAUAAGGGUGAUGAAAGGUGUAGUUGGCAAGCCCCUGUGUUUGUGGCUUGCCCUUGGCAAGCCCAUCAGAGCCUUGUGUACCCUUGGAAAAGUCUUUUUGCAGCUCCACGCAGUGUCAGGCUAUGUUCCACUGGAGGACUCGAGGAGUGUCCUGUCAGUCAACAGAAAGGCAGCCAGAGGCACUGAAAGGGCCGCUGACUGUAGUUCCUGCAGAGGCAAUUGAGAUCAGAGACAUUUUGAACCAUUCCUGAAGAAGCAGAAGCUGGGGAGAGGUGGAUGAUGGAGCAGUUCAGGGACUGCAGUAGCAGCCUUAAGGCUCCUGAGUCUCCAUUAGGGGAAAACUGCAUCACACCAUCAGUGUCUCCUCUGCUUAUCUGUUGCAAUGAGGAUGGGAGAGGAAGUUUGGGCAUGAGCAUGUGGGCUCAGAGACCUACCUGCAGUACCUUUUCAUCUGGGUGUUUCUGCUUGUCUCAGUAGAGGAAUCAUUGAUAAAACAUUUAAGAAAAUGUUUCUUGAACAUGAAGAAAUUGUGCAAUGGCAAAGGCAUUCCUGUAUAAAAGAGAAGAAAGGAUAAUAGAUAUCUAAUAAUCACUUGCUGGGUGCUGAGGAACAGCACAGGCAAACAGUAGUCAGUUGUGCCCUUCAGUGAGACCAGAAGGGUUUGAGUCAUGACUCUGCAAGGAGUGCUUUGAAAUGAAGUCUCAGAGCUAUGCACAAGCUUCAAAACAAAUAAUCUCUCUGCUCAUGUGUGACAUCAUGCCUCCAAGAUACUGGUCAGAGCUCCUGAGAUGCCAGAGCUUCGUCCUUCAGCCGCACUGUGUGCCAGGCUCGGCAGUGCGGCUGUUUCACGCUCUGUUACCAUAAGUAAGGCAGACUGCAAGGAUACAGCGUGAACGGGAGUGCUCAGGAGCAGGAUCAAGCACACACUAUGGGAAGGAAUGGAGGUGGACAAGCACAGCAGGUGCUGCACGGAACGGUGGCUGCUGGGAGCAACAAUUCGGCUGUGUGUGGAUGGAGUCAUCAGUGGGGAAGCCGCUCCAUGGCCCAGCAGGCCCUUUGUUCCCGGCUCCAGCACUGGGUGAGGAGGGACAUUGGACAUGCCUUGGAUGACGAUAGUUCUGUCACUGCCUUAGCAGUCCUGUGCCAUGCCUGGUGAUGACCAUGGGGCCAUUCUCCUGAGCAGCCUGCUCUGUACUCAGCCACUGGCAGCACAGCAAUGGAGCUGUUUGGUACCUGUGUAUGGAGUCCCACUGCAAGGGUAUCUGAGCACCUCAGACACCCUUGUCUGGCUCAGAAAAUCUGCACAGUCCAGCGAGAGGGUUGUGAAGUCCUGGGGACCUGCCAGUUCAGUUCACCAGCUGGAAAGUAUUUUGCCAGGUUACAGCUAUGGUUUAAACACUUGAGGUGAAAGCUGGUGGUGGAUAGUGGAAUCAUGGGUUCACCAGCAGCCUUGGUACAUUAGAGGCUCUCUAUGGAGGUUCAGAUGUCCUCAUACCUCUGCUCUGAUACCUGUGUGUUAGCUCUUUCAGGUAUCUACUUGAAAAUAAGAGUGGGGCUCUCAGUUUUUGGCUGAUAGGGGUAAAACAUUCUACCACUGGGUAGAACCUGGACCUAGAGUCAGGGAGUACAUUUUGAAGCAAAGAAUGGUGCUAUCUCAGUACUUCCAUCCCCUGCACUGGAGCUGUACCCUAGAGCUGCUGUUCCCUGGGAUGGCCAUGCCAGCACCAGCAGGGCACACGUGGCCCCAAGCUGCUCUGCUCACUGGCAGACCAAACAACUGAAAGUCUCUGGCCUGCUUACAGCAGGUCUGACAAAGUGACCAUAACAACCUUUUCUGCCCUGAAAAUACCUUCAGUCCUGGUAGGUUAAGAAAUGAUGCUGUGCUGAUAUAGCUCAGUGUUGCUAAACCCAUCUUCUGAGGCUUUGAAACAGAUAUCCAAGAGCAGCUGGUACUAAUCACUGCUGUAGCAACAUACUCAGCUCCUGUUUUUGUGGUUUCUAAAGGUCUGUUUUGGCAAGACUUUUAAAAAGUUAUUUGAGAAAGAACAGACAAGCUUUUGACACACAGUUCUAUGUAAAAUCUCUUUAGUUUAGCCAACAGCAUUUAUUUUUAGAGACCCUGCGUAUUGUAGAGGCCACUGCUUGUUCCUGGUGAUUCCCUAGAAUGGAAACUUGAACCAAUGAUUUUUGUAAUGAAUGUGCAAUAAAUCUGUGGAAAAGCUUC